AAGGGUGACUCAUGCUGUACGGCUGGACUACGUGUCGCCAUGGGAUUCUUGCAGAGAAGGGACCCAAAGUCGACACACACAGCAGCCAUGGCAGACAAAGGCGAGAAGAAACACAAGGGGAAAAGUGUGACCAUCCUCGGAUACCCAAUCAGCAUCUUCUUCAUUGUGGUCAAUGAGUUCUGCGAGCGUUUCUCCUACUAUGGCAUGCGAGCCGUGCUGGUGCUGUACUUCAAGUACUUCCUGCAGUGGGAUGAUGACUUCGCCACCACUAUCUACCACACUUUCGUGGCUCUGUGCUACCUGACACCCAUCCUGGGUGCCAUCGUGGCCGAUUCAUGGCUCGGCAAGUUCAAGACGAUCGUUUACCUGUCCAUCGUUUACACGCUGGGCCAGAUCAUCAUGGCAGUAAGCGCCAUCCAUGACAUAACGGAUCACAACAAGGAUGGCACCCCCGAUGACAUGACCUUCCACGUAGCUCUGUCCAUGGUGGGGCUGAUGCUUAUUGCCCUGGGAACGGGAGGCAUCAAGCCCUGCGUGGCCGCCUUCGGUGGAGACCAGUUUGAAGACCAUCAGGAGAAGCAGAGAAGUACCUUCUUCUCCAUCUUCUACCUGUCCAUCAAUGCCGGCAGCCUGCUGUCCACCAUCAUCACCCCCAUCCUGAGAGCUCAGGAGUGUGGUAUUCACAAAAAGAUGCAGUGCUACCCUCUGGCCUUUGGUGUCCCCGCUGCUCUCAUGGUGGUCGCUCUGAUCGUGUUCAUCAUUGGAAGCGGUAUGUACAAUAAGACUGCCCCUCAAGGCAACAUUAUUGUGAAGGUCUGCAGUUGCAUCGGGUUUGCCAUCGUCAACCGCUCCAGACACCGUAGCUCUCAGUAUCCAAAGAGAGAACACUGGAUGGACUGGGCUGACGAGAAAUAUGAUAAACUCCUGAUUGCGCAGGUGAAGAUGGUGCUGAAGGUUCUGUUCCUCUACAUCCCCCUGCCCAUGUUCUGGGCUCUCUUUGACCAGCAGGGCUCAAGAUGGACCCUGCAGGCUACGACCCUGAACGGUGACUUUGGAUUUAUGACGAUCCAGCCCGAUCAGAUGCAGACUGUCAACCCAAUCCUGAUCCUCAUUUUGGUGCCGGUCAUGGACAGCGUGAUCUACCCACUGAUUGCCAAGUGCAAACUAAACUUCAGUCCGUUAAAGAGGAUGACUGUGGGCAUGUUCCUCGCUGCUCUCGCCUUCAUCGCUGCUGCCCUGGUCCAGAUACAAAUUGACGAAACACUGCCUACGUUCCCAUCAAGCAAUGAAGCCCAAGUGAAGUUCAUCAACAUGGUUGACACAAAGCUGGACAUCAAAGCUGGAGGCAACGACAUUCCGCUGGAACCUUACAUGGGCAGCCCCAAGUACCUGACCUUUACUGACACCUUCCAGCUGCAGCUGGGGCCUAAUGCCACUUACUCUGCCAGUUUAGAUAAAGGCAAUCGGAGUACCCUGGUUGUCAUUCAGGAUGGGGACCUACCCAGGUACAUAAAGUACGAGGACAUCAAUUCAAAGCCGGAGCAAGGUGCCAAUGCCAUCAGAUUUCUGAAUGGUUUCAAUGCUCCUUUGAACAUAACGUGGGAUGAGGUGCUGUUUGGGGUCACCGUCAUGAACAACAUGUCAGCUUAUGGUGAUGUUCCACAGGGAAAUGCAAAAUUCUCGAUCAGAGGUUUCGGACCAGGACAAGAGUGUUUCUUCAAUCAGAAAUUUGGCUUCGGCAGCUCUUUCACCAUGAUCAUCAUGCCGAAUUUCACUUUUGGACCAGAUUGCCAGAGCAGCAUCCACCCAGUGAUGGACAUGAGCCCCAACACCGUCCACAUGGCCUGGCAGAUUCCUCAGUAUUUCCUCAUGACUGCAGGAGAGGUGGUCUUCUCCGUCACCGGCCUGGAGUUCUCCUACUCACAGGCACCCAGCAACAUGAAGUCUGUGCUGCAGGCUGGCUGGCUGCUAACCGUCGCUGUAGGAAACAUCAUCGUGCUCAUUAUCUCUGAGGCUGCGACGCUCGACGAUCAGUGGGCCGAGUACAUCCUCUUCGCCUCUCUGCUGGUGCUGGUGUGCAUCAUCUUCGCCGUCAUGGCCUAUUUCUACACCUACAUCGACCCGGCCAAGAUAGAGGCCCAGUUUGCAGAGAGGAAGCCUGAAGAGCUGGAACCUGACGAAAAAGACAGAAAGAAGAGUUUGGAGAUGACCAAGAAGGACAAGGUUGAGAACCACAAAGAGGGCAGAAGGAGCUCUAAAGGAUCCAGCUCGGAUGAGGAGGAGGUACAAACCAAGAUCUAAAGCCAACCCCUCUCUGCUGCCUUUUUCCCUCUUUCAUGUACGAAUGCUGCUUGGUUCUGUGCUUCGUUUCUCAGAGUGCCUGUGCCAUUAAGUUUUUUAGGGUCAUUUUGUCAACGCAGUCCUGUGCACUGCUCGGCGUGUGGUGGUUUGAAUUAAUGGAAGGAUGACCCAAAGUGCAGAAGGUGGACGAACACAGAAAUAGGGCUUAGAUGGUCAAGCUCUCGGUGGACAGUGUUGUCAGGGAUAAUUCAAACACUAUUUUGGCUCAAACUUUUUAAAGAAUAUCCCUUUUUUUUAGAGGUUACCCAUGUAAUUAAAAUCCCUGGAUUUUUUAUAGGCUGGUAAUUGGUGCUCUAGCUGUUGUAAAAUUGUUUCCAAGAUGAUUUAUUUUGCACUGUGUAGCAUCAUCCUCAUGUGAUUUUUGUGUAGUCGGCUUUUGUAAUGUACCAGAGUCCACAAACAAGGGAACCAUUCCAACAUUUGUAUUUAUUUCCAAGCACAGUGUUGUAUGUUGUAUGUAUUGUAAUAUAAUGUCACUGUAUGAUGUUCUCAUCUUCUCCAGGGUAAAAUCUAAGAGCCAGGACUGUUCAUUCAGUCAGAAAAUGUUUAAUUGUACUCCAUAUUCAACCUCAGAUUUCAUUUGCCCUGUGGUAAUAGCUGCUCAGUAAGAUGCUAGCGAGGUGCUGUCAAUAAACACAGGUUUCUUAAAACCCAUGCAACUGCA